CUUGUGGCUACUGAUACUUGAUGUAAUGAAGGUCUGGGGACUCCGCACGUGAGAUGCGCCUCCGCCCCUCCGCAAUGUUGGCCCGAGGUCUUCACAUGCAUUAAAUCUCAACAACAUUGUCAGCUUCAACCAUGAUGUGAGCUCCUGAGUGAGUUGUCCGCUAACAACUGUCUCACAACCACACCUAUUCUCACUCAUAUUUCUUGCUUACAGCAUUUCCAACCUCGAAAUACCACCACAGACCGAUAUAGAACGCGUCAUCCCUGCGGACGCUUCUCCCCAUCUCCUGAUGGCCUUCGACAGUCUGGCCUAAGAAUGCCAGCUGCCGUGAAGGCACUGUCCUACAAGGUGCCCACAGAUUGUGUUAGAAGUGGCUCUGUGGCUAUACAUGAGGCAUAAUGGCCGCUCAUUCAACGCUUCGCCGUCGAGAAGAUCCUCUCGUGGCGCUGUACAACAAAUACGCCAGUCUCGUUCGCUCCCGGAUCAAGCGUUCAUCAAAGACCACCCAAAUCAUCGCCACUAUUGCACUGAUCCUAUCUAUCGUGGGUUCCGGUUAUGGAGGCUACAAAUGGUUCAGCGAAAGGGCCAAAGAACGUGCGCGAGGAAGACAGCUGCUGCGUCGGAAUUCCGGGAUUCGAGGCAAGGAUGGCACUCGUACCAUCUAUGUGCCCUAUAAGGGCUCCAUGACCUCCAAGGUUGUGAUCCAUCCGACCAAACAGACGACUUUCGAUGCGCAUCGGCGCUUGUUCUUGAAUCCACCUGCUGCCGCCCGUGUCGGCGACGGCGAAUCAGUGAAUCAAAUACCGCCGCCAACCACAAAGCCUGGGAUCAACCUUGCAUUCCUUCAUCAAUUCCUCAGCCUAGGGAGUAUCAUGGUCCCGAGAUGGGGUAGCAAAGAAACCGGAUUAUUGAUGGGUCAUGGGGUUUUCUUGCUCUUGCGGACGUACCUGUCUCUAUUGAUCGCACGGCUUGAUGGCGAGAUUGUAAGGGAUCUUGUCGCGGGCAAAGGGCGCGCUUUCGCUUGGGGCAUUCUCAAAUGGUGUGGGAUUGGCACACUGGCUUCCUACACCAAUGCCAUGAUCAAGUUCCUUCAAUCGAAGGUGUCUAUUGCGUUCCGGACCCGAUUAACGAGGUAUAUCCACGAUCUCUAUCUUACUGGCGAUAACAACUACUACAAGUUGAUGAAUCUGGAUGGCGGUGUUGGCCAAGGACCAGACCAGUUCAUUACCCAGGACCUCACGCUCUUCUGUUCUGCAGCAGCAGCUCUAUACUCGUCCAUGGGGAAGCCUAUGGUGGACCUAUUCGUGUUUAAUUAUCAACUGUAUCGUUCUCUCGGGCCUUUGGCCCUUACCGGUAUCCUCACGGGCUACUUCAGUACCGCAGCAGUUCUGCGAAAGCUUUCACCACCGUUUGGAAAGCUGAAGGCUGUGGAGGGAAAGAAAGAGGGUGACUUCCGGGGUCUACAUUCACGGUUGCUCGCCAAUGCUGAGGAAAUCUCUUUCUAUGGCGGCGCGGACAUCGAACGUGUUUUCCUGAUGAGAAGCUUCAAAGACCUUCAGCGCUGGAUGGAGGGCAUCUAUAGCCUCAAGAUCCGAUACAACAUGCUAGAAGACGUCAUUCUGAAAUACGCUUGGUCUGCGUUUGGGUAUCUGAUCACGUCUCUGCCAAUAUUUCUUCCAGCCUGGGGCGGCAUGGGUGGUGCCCUGGAGCUUGUGGACGUGCCGAAGGAGACUGGUCGAGAACGCGAUCGCAUGAAGGAGUUCAUCACGAACAAACGUUUGAUGCUAUCUCUGGCGGAUGCAGGUGGCCGGAUGAUGUAUAGUAUCAAAGACAUCUCGGAGUUGGCUGGGUACACGUCUCGAGUCUACAGCUUGAUAUCCACCCUUCACCGAGUGCAUGCGAGUGCAUACUACCCCCCACGCAAUUCUCAUGCGGAGCUAUACUCUCUCGCGGAUGUACAAGGGACUAUUCAUAACGGCUUUGAUGGUGUUCGUCUCGAACAGGUUCCCAUCGUCGCGCCUUCAUUAUAUCCCCGGGGUGGCGAUGAUCUGAUCGAGUCACUGUCAUUCGUCGUGCACUCCGGCGACCACCUCCUGAUAUCUGGACCGAAUGGGGUCGGCAAGACUGCCAUUGCCCGGGUUGUAUCAGGGCUGUGGCCAGUGUACCGCGGGUUGGUCAGUCGCCCCAGAGGGUUUGGGCUUGACGGCAUCAUGUUCCUUCCCCAGCGGCCCUAUCUCAGCGUGGGGACUCUCCGCGAUCAAGUAAUCUACCCCCACACUGCAAUCGACAUGCACGAGGCAGGUGUGACCGAUGCUGCACUGCAGAAAAUUCUGGACGACGCUCACCUAGGCUACCUCCCUGGGCGCGAAGGCGGGUGGGACACUCGAAAGGAGUGGAAGGAUGUCCUGAGUGGAGGAGAGAAGCAACGCAUGGCAUUGGCACGAAUUUACUAUCACGAGCCUCGCUAUGCCUUCCUUGAUGAAGGAACCUCAGCGGUCUCGUCUGAUGUCGAGGGCCUACUGUACCAGCGGGCAAAGGAGCGGGGAAUCACCGUGAUUACGAUCUCCACACGCGCAUCGCUCAAGAAGUACCACACAUACAACCUUAGCAUUAGUAUUGGCGAAGGGGGCGAGCAAUGGGAGUUUGAGAGGAUCGGCACCGCCAAGGAAAAGCUGGGAGUUGAGAAGGAGUUGCAGGAGAUACGGAAGCGGCUUGACAAGGUGGAAGAGUGGAAACAGCGUCGGGAGGAUAUUGAGAACGAGCUGCGCAAGGUCUGGGUGGAAGAAGGAGAGCUUUCUCCACCACCCUAUGAAUCCGAAUCGGAAGCAGUUGAGGGGGAACACGCCCCUUCUACUAUAAUGUCAAUCAUUAUGGAAGACUCGUCUUCACCAGACCAGCAAAAAGUGGUCGUAAUACCAAUCAACCGGACAUUCAGCGACGGCACCCAGGACAACUGGCCCAAAGAUGAGAGAUUCCUGAGACCAGACGAUAGUUACUAUCGAGAGAAGCUGGCCGCCAUGUGGCUGCAGAAAACGGGGGCUUAUGAGCGUGGAGUGGAAUACAUUCUGGACAGUCUGCCUGAUGGUUAUGCUCUAUUUGACAGGCCGCGUAUUGCAAACCCCGACAUUGCGGCCAAGAGCCGUGUAUCUGUGUUCUUUGCGAGAAAAUGUCUAAGAGAAAACAAGAAGGCGGCUCAGAAAGACGAGGUCCUGGAAGACCUCGGGGGAGACCUCCUGGGACUGGAACGCCGAUUCGAACCCCUGGUAGGCCACCGGGGAGGCCGCCUGGUCGACCUCCCGGAUCAAGCGCAAGCAAACCACCCGGAAGGCCACCGGGAAGACCACCAGGAAGACCCGGACGACCCCCUGAUGGCCGUGCUGCAGCUCGAGCUACAGGGCUUACAGGAGAAGGACAUCACAGAGCCUGGAAGCAUGGACUGGCGCGCAGAGCGUUCAUCACUCAACGAAUACAUCCAGAAGCUGGACAUGCAACCAUCCUUUCUCCCCCGUGCCGGAGAAGUUGUGCUCUGGACGCCGGAUUUUGAAGGCGAACUAGCCUGGAACCCUGAACAUAACCAGAUCCAAAUAUAUUUCCCCAGCGAGAAGCGAUGGUCGGGCACCCCAGAAUGGCGAGCAGGUAUCGUCAGUCAGGUCCCAGAAGAAGACACCAUCUUCCAAGACAUCGUCCAGACAUCCCCCAAAAAACAGAGCGUCAACUACUCAGGCUUCCGCGUCGAAACCUUCCCUGACCCCCACAGCCCUGACAAGAGCUACUCCCUGCACUACAAAUACGUCUAUCUGAAAUCCAUCAAACCCUUCAACGCCUACGAACACUUCCUCCAAAACAUCCCUCGCGAGAACCUCCACCCCUCCAUCGAAUACGCCAUGACCAUCAUGUCCUCCUUCAGCCUCCUAGACAAACACCACUUCAAAGGCAUCUGGCCCGACGCAUCCAUCUACAGCCAGGGGAUCUUCAUCGGCGCCGAGCUCCUGACCAUCGGCGACGCCGUACGCCUGAAACCCCAGAACUACAACCCCAACAUCACCCCCUCACCAACCGUCACCGAGAUAAUGGUGAUCGAAGAGAUCCGCCUCGACCUGAAAAACUGCGACUCAGACCGCAAAUCCAAGCACCUCGCAGAGAAAUACACCAUCCGCAUCCGCGGCAAGAUCUACACCCCCAGCGACCGCCGCAUCUACCUCACCAGCAACACCCUCCACCCCAUCAAACCCCUGAACCCAGAUGAAGUCGUCUCCGCCUUCCACUACGUCGGCAUGAGCGGCUACGGCGACUGGUACCGCAUGCACCCCGGCGCCAUGGUCGACGUAUCCCAGGACAUGAUUCUCGGCCGACUCUACGAGCCCGACGCCCUGCAACUCAUGUUCGGAUCCCUAUCCCUCGGAUACGAUCUGGAUGGUGUGCUCCGCGGACGGGAGUAUUCUCGCCAAGCGGACGAGCGCAUCCCAGAAGGGCAGAAAUGGUUCUGGGGCGAUUUCCGCACGCAGACGCUUGCAAUUGACUCGCUGAAUGGCGAGGAUGUGGGGCAUUAUAGCGACGCUAGGGAUAUGAAGAUGUGGAGGGCGAAUCUUCGUGUGCUGGAUGGGGUGGCGAAAGCGGCGGAUUUUAGAGAGGCCAAGAUACCGGGCGAUGUGGGACGGCCGUCGACCAAGUCCAGGUCGAAUUUCGCCAAGAUGGGGAAGCUCAGUAAGCUUGUUAGUACGGGGUUGGGGGAUGCGGAUUUGAGUAACCCUGUUAGUGAGGCGGAGGAGGGGACGAGUCGGUUGUCUGUUGGUGAUGAGGAGGAUGAUGAUGAUGAUGAUGAGGAGGAGGAGGAGGAGGAGGAAGAAGAAGAGGAAGAGGAAGAGGAGGAAGAUUUCACGCUCCGUAUGGAUCAGCUGCGCGGCGGGACAGAGGAAACAGAAGAAGGGGACUAUGUGCCUGAUAAAGAGAGGGAACGGAAGCGAGGAAGACAUGAUGAUUGA